AAUGAAACUCUAGUGGCUGGAGUCAGGGCAGAGCGUGAGGGGAUCAGGCGCUGGCGGGCUCGCUUACAGCCCGGCGGGAGCGUCCGGCCAAGCAGAGAUAACUGGACUCUGGAACAGGACCCCAUCCCAAGGCUGCGGCAGCUUCGGUUCCGAGUCCGAACGGAACGAAGCCCGGGUCCCGGCCCCUGGGGGAUCUCUCCUCGCAGACCAGUGGGACCCCGAAACUUGAACGCAAUACCCAACCCCCUUUUUAUUCUUUUCUUUGUCACUUCCCCACCUUUCUUGCAACGCCUUCUUCCCCCCCCUCUCCAUUCUCCCUCUCGAAGGACACGAAAGUGGCUUCCGCUGAAAGAUUUGAAGGCUAUAGGAGCUUUUCUCUUUGCAGAACGACUGUGUAGAAGGGAUUUUUGGAAAACCGCUUUUUAACACCUCUGCCCUCGCCCCCCAACCCCCCAAGCCUCUCUGUAUCCCUUCGAGGAGAAAAGCCCGUAGAUUGAACAUUCCGGGGGCAUUUUGUUUGAUGCCGGAGGAGAGGGGAGAAGGACCCCGUCCUCGUCCUAUUAGUUGGCUGGACUUGUACCGGCCGUUGGAAACCCCGAAGUACAUUUUCCAGUGGGACUUUUACAGAUAUAUAUUUUUAGAUUUUUAAAAUAUCAGAUAAAGAAUAUAUAUGCUUUCUAUAUAUUUUCUGACGACCUGCCCCUGACAGCGCGAUGUACAAUACGGUGUGGAGUAUGGACCGCGAUGACGCAGACUGGAGGGAGGUGAUGAUGCCCUAUUCGACAGAACUGAUAUUUUAUAUUGAAAUGGAUCCUCCAGGGAGCAUGGGUUCGAUUGAUGGCACGGAAGAAAGGAGUGCCACUCAUUCACAGUGCCACCUUGAAAGAAGGGUGGCACAGAUGUUCUCUACCCCCCACCCUGUCCUAGAGGAAAGGCAUCCAACAAAAACUCUUCCACCAAAGCCACCUAAGCCAAUGACUUCAGCCAUUACAAAUGGAAUAAAGGACAGUUCUGUUUCUCUUCAGGAUGCAGAAUGGUACUGGGGGGAUAUUUCAAGGGAGGAGGUAAAUGACAAAUUGCGGGACAUGCCAGAUGGUACCUUCUUGGUCAGAGAUGCCUCAACCAAAAUGCAGGGAGAUUACACUUUGACCUUGCGGAAGGGAGGCAAUAAUAAGCUAAUAAAGAUUUAUCAUCGAGAUGGUAAAUAUGGCUUUUCUGAUCCUCUGACAUUUAAUUCUGUGGUGGAGCUCAUUAGCCACUAUCAUCAUGAAUCUCUUGCCCAGUACAAUCCCAAACUUGAUGUGAAACUGAUGUACCCAGUGUCCAGAUACCAACAGGAUCAGUUGGUAAAAGAAGAUAAUAUUGAUGCUGUCGGUAAAAAACUGCAGGAGUAUCACUCUCAGUAUCAGGAAAAGAGUAAAGAAUAUGACAGACUAUAUGAAGAAUAUACCAGAACAUCCCAGGAAAUACAGAUGAAGAGGACUGCAAUUGAAGCUUUUAAUGAAACAAUUAAAAUAUUUGAAGAGCAGUGUCAUACACAAGAACAACAUAGCAAAGAAUAUAUUGAGCGAUUUCGAAAAGAAGGGAAUGAAAAGGAAAUUGAACGAAUUAUGAUGAAUUAUGACAAGUUGAAAUCACGUCUGGGUGAGAUUCAUGAUAGCAAAAUGCGUCUUGAACAGGAUUUGAAGAAACAAGCUUUGGAUAACCGAGAAAUAGAUAAAAAAAUGAAUAGUAUCAAACCUGACCUGAUCCAGCUGCGCAAGAUCCGAGAUCAGCACCUUGUGUGGCUCAAUCACAAAGGAGUGAGACAGAAGCGCCUAAAUGCCUGGCUGGGAAUCAAGAAUGAGGAUGCUGAUGAGACCUAUUUUAUCAAUGAGGAAGAUGAAAACCUGCCCCAUUAUGAUGAGAAAACCUGGUUUGUUGAGGAUAUCAACCGAGUACAAGCAGAGGACUUGCUUUAUGGGAAACCUGACGGUGCAUUCUUAAUCCGUGAGAGUAGCAAGAAAGGAUGUUAUGCUUGCUCUGUGGUCGCCGAUGGAGAGGUGAAGCACUGUGUCAUCUACAGCACUGCUCGGGGCUACGGCUUCGCAGAGCCCUACAACCUGUACAGCUCCCUGAAGGAGCUGGUGCUCCACUACCAGCAGACGUCCCUCGUGCAGCACAACGACUCUCUCAACGUCAGGCUCGCCUACCCUGUCCACGCACAGAUGCCCUCGCUCUGCAGAUAAAGAGGGAGCAGUGGCUCUCUCGCAAAAUUUUUCUACAGUUUUUAUUAGACUAUGAGGGCAUUCUUUCUACGUAGACUGCUUGUUUUGCACAAGAAGUGAUUCUGUGAAUGUGAAGUGGAGCCGAGCAGCAGCCGGCCAGGAUGGGGACGUACGGGGCCUGGGGUUCUCGGGGACUCAGCCGUGCCACUGCACUGACAUAGGAAGCUGGGAGCAGAUGCUGGUUUUUGGGAAAGUCUUUCAUUGGGGUUUUUGUUUUACUUAGCCAGGCACCCUCAGCAGAACAUGUCAGGUCUGAUUGGGGUGGGGGUUGUAUCUGGAAGCCUCUGAGGAGUCCCUGUCCUCUUCUGAGAGGCCAAGGUGCUUUAAGACUGUGGAGGGGCUUGGCCCUGUUGGGAGUCUGUUUUGGUCUGGCGGUCUCUCUUCCUCCCAAAAAGAAGGUGGUUUUGGUUCAGUGGUAGAAUGGCAUUUGGUGAAAAAGACAACCAAAGGAAAAUGAGGAGGCUUGGGAUUUCAUUUAAAGAAUUGUAAUCUGUGGGUAAAAAAAACUUUCAACCUGAGGUACCUAAUGAGUAUAGUUCAGGUGUCAGCAUCUCAGUAGCUCCUCUCUCUAAAGAAGCAUUAUGUUUAGAAACCAUAUUGGUCCCAGCAAAACAAUGAUUGCUGCCAGACUAAGGCGUGGAGGAAGAUGGAGGCACUAGUAUCCGAACGCACACUUCUGAACCAAAACUUGAAAAUAAAAGGAAAACUAGAGACUGUUAGUUUUAGCAGACACUAAAAUUGGUCAGUGUAAUUCCCUUUUGCCCUGCCCUUGUUUCUCAGAGAUGAGGAAUAGUGUUCUUUUUGUGGGCUGGUGAGCUUUGAAUUAUAAAAUGAAGUUGGUGCUUGUGUGGUGGUGUUUUCUUAGCCUAAAGAAUGAUCUGUUGUGUGAAACCUUUGUAACUUGUGUGUAUGAGUAAAGAAAAGGUGCAAUCCAGUGCUUUUAGAUGGCUUGAUAUACCAAAUAAUGAUCUAGAACAACAUUCUUCUCUGUGCUUCCACAAGUUGAAAGGCCCUGCAGAAACAGUCAACGUGUUUAAUUUCCCGUCAUCUCCUGUGCUUUUCUGGGUAGGGCCAGGGGAGCCAUAGGUGGCUAGGGCUGUGGCUAGAAGGGAGUCAGGUGUGGUCAGGGACUUUAGUAGGUCACAGGCCCGGGGCUCUGGUGUCCCCAGCAAGGGCCGUACGCCACCCUUGUGCUUCCAGACAGUGGUUGCUGAAACUUCUGCAAGGAGAGGAAAGGAUGGCUUGGCAUUCAGACUCUUAGCUGAAGUCAUCUGGAAGCUGUUCUUUGCCUUUUUUGUGAUCCUGCCAUUAAGAUGAUGUGCACAGACUGUCCUCAUGCUCCAGCGGCCCUGACUUUAGGCCAGGAACCUUCUGCUUCAUGUGGUUUAAGCCUUCCAGCUGAGUGAAGCUGGGCAGAUGGAGUUGGGGCAGCGUCUACUCCCACCUCCAUCGUGCUCCACCCCCAUCAGUCAACAUUCAUUUGACAAACAAAAGAGUCCAGCUGCCUCUGAGCCAAUCCUAGAGCUGCAAUAGGCUCGAAUGAGUCAGCUGUUGGAGCCCAAAGCUGUGCAGCCAGGCUUCCUGGUUGAGUAGGGAAGCCAAUAUCCGAGUCUUAUUGAAUCAGGUUUACACCUAGGGAAGCUCUAGUUUGGAGGAUGAAAGAAAGAAAUUUUGCUUUCCCUGAGCACUUAUCUUGGUGACAGGAUCUAGAAUGUGCCACAACAUAGAUCAAAAUUUGGGGGAGAACCUCCCGUUACUAACAAUGAAAACAGAAAGGAAAGGGGGCAUAUCUUUGGCUUUUCCUUGGUUACGCUGCAGUUUCAGGAUUGGAUGAGGCAGACAAAUGAAACCUCCUCCAGUGUCGCUGUUCUAAUCUGAGCCCUUAACUGAUAUCAGCCAGCUGGACAUUCCUUCCCCAGAUGGCCAGAUUGAAAUCUUGCUAAGAGUUUUACUGAGAAAUAAGGCCAGACCAACUACUGUGAGGCAUGCCUGAUGGCUUUGUGCCUUAAACAGUUAGAUGCUCAAGAUGGGGUGCCAGGAAUGCCUUCUUUCUGGUAUUAAAAUUUAGUGUGUUCUGGUUAUCUCUUAAAAGAAAACAAGAACCAGGAUACAUGCUGUAGUGUUGAACCAUGCUGUGCUGCUUGUCAGGCAGCAUUAACUAAGGGCGCAUAGGGAGCAAGCAAGCACGGUCUAUUGCCUGCACUUGGGCUGGCUUGUGGAGGAGGCCACUCACUUUUAAGUCCUACAUUCCUUCACCUGUUUGUUGCUUUCCUGUUUUUCAUUCUUGAAUUUGUUGCUUUGUGGGAACUAAGACAUAGGGAUCAUUUGAGAAGUUUGAAAGUCUCUUUUCUGACUAGUUGCCACAUGAUUUGCUAGAUCUUGACCAGUGGAAAUAGCAGAGGGACCAGUCUACUAACCACUGGGAGGGGUAGUAUGCAGCUCCUUUAUUCUAUGGUCCUGGCCUCCUUCAUCAGAACUUAGCUCCGUGUCUUAUCCCAUGAUCUGGACCCUGGGAUUCUCUCUUGGCAUCUUCGGUGCAGUCUCAUUGAGGCAGAGGGUAAAGAAACAGACCAAGACCAGAGGGGCUCAUUGUCUUCCUGGCUAGGGAAGCUGGCCACCAACAUGGAAGCAGCUCAACGCUGUCUGGACACUGGUCAGAGGCCUAUCUAUUCUGGGUGGAGCUUUCAUCACAGAACAAUGCUUUGUCUCCAUCUGGCCACAGAUGCUAACUAAGCCUCGACCAUAGCUCAGGCCUUUAUAGACUAGCAGUGUCCUUACCCCUAAUUUGGCCACGAUUGAGGACUUCUGAUACCGCCCCUACUCUGUCUCCAAGCCUCGAUGAGACCCUCACAGGCUUUGCAGAAGCUCUGAGAACCAGUGUGGUAUCUUCCAUGGGUCUCCUUGCUGCAAGGAACGAGCCUCAUGGGUCCUUUUGGGCCAAGAACUGCAUCUGGGCAAAUUACUGUUUUUUCAAGGUGUUUUCUGUUGCCAGUUAAGACUCCUUAUUAGCUAGCUCUCUGUGAGGCUUCAGUGGCCUCAAAGCAGAGGGUCCAGAUGGGGGCCUAGCUGGGCCCUCUGCUGUCAACUGCUCAGCCUUGCUCUAGCUCCAGCCACUUGUGACGAAAAACAACCUUGUUUCCUUACAAAUUGCAGCAUGUGACUUUGGUGCCCUGUUGUUACUUGUGAAAAACCUAUUCUUCUGUUGUCUUUGAUGUAGUCAAAAAAAUUCAUGUAGUUACGUAAAAAUAUCUGAUUCACAAGGAAGCCAACUAUAUGUCUUGUGUUGGGACAGUUCAUAAUGUAGUUCCUAGACCACUUUUGCAAAUUGUUCUUGUCACCAGGUGUGUUCAGACAUUGCUGUGCAGUUGUGGGGGAGGGUGGGGGGAAGGCGAGGGGAGAUACUUGGUCUUUUUGUUUUUUACCUUCCCCAAGAGGGGACAGUCUGGCCAACUUGCUCCGAUAAUGCAAUAAAGACAUUGCAAUAAAGCA